AUGGCAUUUUGUCUAUCUUUUGCUGUUACUUUGGCCUUGAUGGGCUCAGGAUUAGCUCAAGUUUUUUCAAAUAGAGCCGACUUUAAAUUAUCUACUAGAGAAAGCAAUUGCAGUGAGUCUUGUGGGGAAGCUCUUAUUAAAUACCCAUUUUAUACCAAAUCCAGGGCUUGUGGUAGAGACGGGUUCAAACUUGAAUGCUACAACAAUUCUACUCUGAAGAUGGAAAUAGGCAAGCGUCUCUACAAUGUGACUGCCAUUCUCAACAAUGGUAUAAUUCUUGAUAUCAUACAUCCUAAUUGCUCCCCGAAUCUAGAAAUCUUCAGGAUUGAACGCAAUCAGAACUUCGCAAUUUCCAAAGACAACUUUAUCCAGUUUUCCAGUUGCAACAAUAGAACAACUUGCAAGUUGAAGAAUUGCAACCUUCCUUAUGCGAAUGUUAUACAAUGCAAUGUUGUAAAUCCGUGCUGCUUCUCUCUUGUGUAUGACCAGACAUGGGUGCCCGGAGUGACCAACUUUGACAGAUUCUCUGAAUGGCAAUGCUCAAAAUUCAUCAGCUGGGGAUUUCCAGGGGGAACAAAUUACACUUCAAUAGUAGGGCUAAAACUGGAGUGGGGUAUUCCCGGGGACUGCAAAAGUGUUCCAUGUCAUAAACAUGCACGUUGUGAAGCAGCCAAAGAUGUAAAAGAUAGUGUGAGGUGUACUUGUAAAGGUGGUUACGAAGGAGAUGGGUUUAUUGAAGGCACUGGAUGUAUUGAAGUGUGCUCAAAGGGUGGUAAAACGCUAUAUGGUAAGGACUGCAAGGAUGACUCGAAUAGAAUCAGGAAAGCAAUCCUUGGAGCUGGUAUAACAUCUAAUCCAGGAACUAUGAUUGCAAUAUUGAAAUUUUAA